AUGAGAGAAAUUGUCCACAUUCAAGCCGGCCAAUGUGGCAACCAAAUCGGAUCCAAGGCAAGUUCCAAAUCAUCAGAAAAUUGUUUUAACCGCGACACAAUAGUUUUUUUUGUUUUAUAUACUAAUGAUUCUAUUUUACAGUUCUGGGAAGUGAUUUCGGGUGAGCAUGGGAUCACUGAGGACGGUAGCUAUGCCGGAGAUUCGGACCUUCAACUGGAAAGAAUCAACGUUUAUUAUAACGAAGCCAGUGACAAGAAGUAUGUUCCCCGCGCUGUGUUGGUGGACCUGGAGCCCGGAACCAUGGACAAUAUCAGGAACAGUGUCUAUUCCAAUCUCUUCCGUCCCGACAACUUUGUGUUUGGGCAGAAUGGAGCUGGCAAUAACUGGGCCAAGGGCCACUAUACCGAAGGAGCGGAACUGGUCGAUAAUGUGCUGGAUGUGGUCAGGAAAGAGGCCGAAAACUGUGAUUGUCUUCAAGGUACUUUCUAAGUACUUAUUGUUUAGUUUCAGAAAAAUCUCCAACGGUCUUGACAUAAAAUUUAUGUUAUCCAUAACAUUACACCUGAUGUUUUCAGGCUUCCAAUUGACCCACUCCCUUGGUGGUGGUACUGGCUCUGGAAUGGGUACCCUCUUGAUCUCCAAGAUCCGAGAAGAAUACCCAGACAGAAUCAUGUCAACCUUCUCUGUUGUUCCUUCUCCAAAAGUCUCGGAUACUGUAGUCGAGCCUUACAAUGCAACUUUAUCUGUCCAUCAGCUCGUCGAAAAUACUGACGAAACUUACUGCAUCGACAACGAAGCUCUUUACGAGAUUUGUUUCCGGACUCUGAAGCUGACCAACCCUAACUAUGCUGACUUGAACCAUCUGGGUGAGUUUCAUACCAACCAUAACGUAUAAUGUAAAAAUAUCGGAUUUUUAAUUUUUUCUCAAUUCCAGUGUCCAUGACAAUGUCCGGAGUAACUACCUGUCUCCGAUUCCCCGGCCAACUCAAUGCUGAUUUGAGAAAAUUGGCGGUAAAUAUGGUCCCCUUCCCCCGGCUUCACUUCUUCAUGCCCGGAUUCGCUCCACUCAGUUCCAAGGACUCAGCCGCCUAUAUGGCCUCGACUGUAGCUGAACUUACUCAACAAGUAAGCUAAUCCCAUAAAACUUUUCGAUUAGACUCAUUUUUGAAAAUUGAGUUUUCCAAUAUUGCGUUGCCUUGUUCUAGAUGUUCGAUGCCAAGAAUAUGAUGGCUGCCUGUGAUCCUCGCCAUGGCCGUUACCUGACUGUGGCUGCCAUCUUCCGAGGCCGCAUGUCGAUGAGAGAAGUGGAUGAUCAGAUGAUUGCCGUCCAGAAUAAGAACGCCUCUUACUUCGCUGAAUGGAUCCCGAGCAAUGUGAAGACGGCGGUCUGUGAUAUCCCACCAAAGGGAUUAAAGAUGUCAUCCACUUUCAUUGGGAAUUCCACGUCCAUUCAGGAGCUCUUCAGACGUAUUGCAGAGCAAUUCACUGGUAAGAAAUUCCACAAAUUGUCAUCUUAUAUUACACUAGACCUAAUAUUUUUUACAAAAAAGAUCUUUUUCAGCCAUGUUCCGUCGCAAAGCCUUCCUCCAUUGGUACACUGGCGAGGGAAUGGACGAGAUGGAGUUCACCGAGGCCGAGAGCAACAUGAACGACUUGAUUUCCGAGUACCAACAAUAUCAAGAAGCGACUGUUGAGGACGACGGAGAAUACGAAGCUCAACCCGAGGUCUACGAACACAGCGACUAG